UCAUCUCCUCUCACGCUUCACAUCAACUACUGUAUCCCCUGCCACAUCUCUGCAUGUUCCAGUAGUACACACCACAACAACAAUAACCCAAUUUACUCCAUCAAACCUAAUCACUCUCCCACUAUCUUUCUCACUCUAACAGAAACACAAAGGCAAUCUCCAUUGAUGGCACAAAACCAUGAUCCCUUCCAUGUCCCACAACAGAAUAGAAGGAGCAAGCUUCGACUUGACCAAAACCCACCACCACAACCAUUCUCCCACCACCACCACCACCAAGACUUGCCUCUCUGUCUCUCAUUUCAACAACCCAACAACAACAACUUAUUAGGAGAUGUUUUGAAGAGGAAAAGUAGUUGUGAAAUGAGAAGCUUGGUCCCUCUUGGUCCAUUUACAGGCUAUGCUUCAAUCCUGAAGAGGUCAAGGUUCUUGAAGCCAACCCAGCAGAUCUUGGAGGAUCUUUGUGGAGCAGAUGGUGAAGUGAUUGACUGUUCAUUAUUGGGUUAUUUGAGUGGAAGGGAAUGGAUUGAUUGUAGUGAUUCAAUUGAGAAUCGAUGGAGGAAUUCAAGCCUGGUAAUGCUACUAGAUGAGGUAUACAAGAGAUACAAGCUGUAUUGCCAGCAAAUGCAGUCUGUUAUUUCAUCAUUUGAGGAUGUUCCUGGCCUUGGAAAGGCAGCUCCUUAUUUAUCUUCUGCUGUCAAACUAAUAGCAAAGCAGUUCAAAUGCUUAAAGGAUGCAGUUUUUGAUCAAAUUCACUUCACAGCCAAGAUUAGUAGUACUCUUGAUGAUUGUGCUUCUCAGCAUGGUUUGGAGAAUCCGAACCCGACUUUGAAUCAACUGACUUGUUUUCAACAUCCUGUUUGGCGGUCUCAAAGAGGACUUCCUGAUCAUGCAGUAUCCGUGCUCAAGAACUGGCUUUACGAGCAUUUUCUGCAUCCUUAUCCAACGGAUACAGAGAAGCAACUGCUGGCUCAACAUACAGGCCUAUCAAGAACUCAGGUUUCGAAUUGGUUCAUAAACGCGAGAGUGAGACUGUGGAAGCCAAUGGUGGAGGAAAUGCACAUACUUGAAUCUCAGCAACCUCAAAUCCCAUCUGAAGUCGUAAACAAGAUCGCUGAUACGCCACUUGAUCCUCCAUCUUCAGCAAACCAAUUCAUGCCUAAACGUCUAAGAACCGAAUUUCCUUAUGUGUCUGCACAGAUUGAGGUGCCACCAAAUAUGUACUCUAGCAAUGUGUCUGGUAAUCUGCCAAUGGCCAUAGACGGAAACAGAGGCGUUUCGUUAGCAUUGGGUCUCCACGGGAACAAUGCCAUAGACAUGGCUCACCAAACAGGAAAGUAACAGAGGAUAUUUUGAGCCUGGGUUUGGAGUGCAUCUUGGUAAGAACUAGAAAGGGUUGGUGCUUAAUGACUUGAGCUCAACUUCAUUGAUUUGCAGAACCUCUAUUGAGCUCAAUUGACUUAAUGCAGUUUCAUAGCUAUAAUAGCUAACUUGGUUACAA